CCCUGCCUCAAAGUCUAUCGGCCAGGCCUGUUUUCUCCUCCCCUGCUUAGGGCUCUCCUGUUCUCCCCGUUCCCCCUCUCCCUUUCUCUCUCUCUCGCUCUCGGCUCAGAAGUCGGAAGUUCCGCUCGUCUCUCUCUCGAUUUUCCGAAGAACUGUGGAACAUUGGAGAGUAAUUGGGAAGGGACUCGGUUUUCCCUUUGGAGUUGUUGAGGGAGAGGGUGAGGGAGAAGGAAGCAUGUCAGGUGUCAGGAACACCCAUUGGUGUUACAGCUGCAGGCGUCCAGUUCAUGUCCGAGGGCGUGAAGCAGUUUGCCCCAGUUGUAAUGGAGGAUUUGUUUUAGAACUUGAUGAUACAUCAAGCAUCAGCUCUCUAGAUUUCUCUGGCCUGGGUCAUGAUGACGAUCAUGGCCAGAGGUUCGGAAUCAUGGAAGCUUUUGCAGCUUACAUGAGACAGCGAUUAGAUGGGGAAAACCAUAACUAUGAUAUCAGGAGGAGAUCAUCAGGUUCCGCUCGUGAUCACGGUUCAGGGUUUGGUCCCCUCUUUGUUUUUGGUGGCCAGUUCCCUGUUAGGAAUGGUGGGUUUGAAGUUCUUUUUAAUGGCGCUCCUGGAAUUGGGAUUGCACGGGGUAAUGUUGCAGAUUAUUUUAUGGGUCCUGGACUGGAGGAACUGUUGGAACAGCUUGCUGUUAAUGAUCGACGAGGCCCUCCCCCAGCAUCAAGGUCUUCGAUUGAUGCAAUGCCCACUAUUAAGAUUACACAGAAGCAUCUUCGUUCAGAUUCACACUGCCCAGUUUGCAAAGAAAAAUUUGAGCUGGGGUCUGAAGCAAGGCAAAUGCCAUGUAACCAUAUCUAUCACUCGGACUGUAUAGUCCCAUGGCUAGUUCAGCACAAUUCUUGCCCUGUUUGCCGUCAUGAACUCCCACCACAGGGAUUGGGUGGUAGCCACGGUUGUCGAAGUUCAAGUGUUGGAAAUAGAAGUAGCAAUUACGGUAGUCGUGCCAAUGGAAGAGUCAACAGCAGGGAGAAUCAAAGCAGGCGGAACCCAUUCUCAUUUUUGUGGCCAUUCCGCUCAUCCAAUUCUGGCCACCGUAAUGGAACUGCUGGAAGCAGCUCAUCAGCCGAGCAUGAGGAUAACCGGCAUGUGGGAUAUUCUGGAUGGCCUUUUGACUAAGUCCAACUAAGCAGAUUGCUUCGACUGGAAGUGGUUUGAAACCUCAAGAGUCUGCGAAAGUUUAAAGUUAGAUGAAUGUGUGUGUUAACCCUCUUUCUAUGUAAAUGAUUUUUUCUAGUGUUUUCGUUCAGGUGAAUCAUCUGUUCUUGAGUGCCUCUGCCAUCUGUUUGUUGCUUUUUGGUGGUUAAGAGUCUGAACAUAGUAUGACAUAUUGCAUGUUCUUUGUUUUCUA